GGCAGAGCCGCUUAUGCAAUCACAGCCGCUUAUGCAAUUAAUCGACGAUGUUACGUCCUGAAUAAUGACGGAUUAGUUAGCGACAGUUUUUAGUUAUGUUGAGUGCUGAAGUUAGGUCUUCCUUUUUGUGCUCAGUAAUGUAUUUCUUUUUCAGAUAUGUCGGAAAGUGUUUAGGGAGAUGUAAACUUCGAACUGUGCAUUUUACCUGAAGGACAAUGUUCACAUGCGCCAGACAUUGUCUCAAACGAACUUCUGUGUUGUCAACAUGGCAAACGCAAUUCAUCAAGCAAAAGUUUCAUUCAUCUUCUUAUAGAACUCUGAAACGUGAGGACAGUGACUCCCAAACAGCGCAUCGAGGAAGGGAACAAAAGUUGAAGUCAACUUUGUACUAUUUAACUGCUGCAGGUGUUUUGACCGUCGGAUUUAGCUACGCUGCUGUGCCAUUGUAUAGAAUGUUUUGUCAGGCAUACAGCUAUGGUGGAACUGUCGGUAAACAUGAUGAUACAGGGAAAAUUGAAAAUAUGGAGAAGAAGUCUGACAGAAUCGUUAAAGUGAAAUUCAAUGCAGACUUGGGAGCAAGCAUGAGGUGGAACUUCAAACCACAACAGAAUGAAAUAAAGGUGCCAGUGGGUGAAACUGCAUUAGCAUUUUACACAGCAAGAAACCCAACUGACACGCCUGUUAUUGGAAUUAGUACUUACAAUGUGGUACCAUAUGAAGCAGGGCAGUAUUUUAAUAAAAUUCAGUGCUUCUGUUUUGAGGAGCAGCAGCUGAAUCCACAUGAAGAGGUGGACAUGCCAGUAUUUUUCUACAUUGAUCCAGAGUUUUCUGAAGAUCCAAAAAUGGAAUUGGUUGAUACAAUUGUAUUGUCCUAUACAUUUUUUGAAGCAAAAGAAGGUCUUACAUUACCAGUGCCAUCAUUUGUACGAAAGUGAUAAACUGCUCUUAUAGUGUACAGAGAAGAAAAUCAGAUAUAUCAAUAAAAGUGGAUUGAUUUGUGACAAAACAG